AUCACUAGUUUGUAGCCGUCUACGCCCCGCGCCGUAGAAAAUGGAAUUUCGUGUAAAAUAGAAUGAGCGACAUAUUUCUCUUUUUCGCUAGCUAGUUGGAUGCUGGUUCCACGCCGCAGAUAAUUUGGUUCGAUCUUGCUCAUCCUCGCAAAGGCAGAAAAGGGAAACGUGGCCCUAAUUUGGAGGAAUUCUAUUUUGCCACCCACCAAAUCGAAUCAUAAUGAGGAGGGUUUACAAGGGCUCAAUACUGCUAAUCUGUCUUGCUGUUGUCGAAUUUACGAGGUGUGCCGAUGCCGAGCCUCUCGGUGAUGCCAAGGACCACGAUCCCGUCGAUGACGACGAACGAGGCUCGUCAAUCAGGGAUGGCGUAAAUUAUCCAGUGUUACAGCGCCCUAACAAUAUGUUAGCCGAAUUGGAAGAGGACAGCGAGUUACAGGAGAAACAAGAUUCACCCGGCGACGCUUUCUUGGAAUUGGGCGGUCUUCGUCAAGCGGAAGAAGAAUAUGCUAUGAUGGUCGAGAUGGGUACUAACGAGAAUGGUUUCAGGCAUGGCAGAAACAGGAGGAGUUUUGGCACUAGGUUUAAAUGGUCCAAUGCAACAAUACCGUAUGUCAUCACGUCAGGCGUAUCUGACUCGCUUCGAAAGACAAUCAACGAGACCAUGGAGUACAUAUCGAACGUCUCAUGUGUUCAAUUUAUAGAAUACAAUCCUUCAUCAACGCCUGCACUUCUUGGACAUGACUCCAGAGCGUCUUUCCAGCAGGAUCCCCUCGUUUCCUGUUCAUCCUAUAUUGGGAAUGCUCCUUCUCUUCUCGAACAACCGGUUGAUGUCAAUGAUGGCUGUGAUAGCUUCGGUGAAUUGUAUCGCAUUUUGACUUUCCUGGUGGGUUUUGUUAAUGAAGAACAAAGGAGUGAUCGAGACAUGUACGUUACAAUACAUUCGGAGAAUGCACCCCCGGGAGUAUUCACUAAAAGAGAAGGUGUUGACUACUCUACAUUCGAUAUUCCCUACGACUAUUCAUCAAUCAUGCAUAGUCCCAGUAAUGCUUAUUCGCAAACAGAGGCGCUAACCAUAACUACUAUAGAUCCCUUGGAUAUGCCGUAUUUGGGCCAGCGGGUAGCUCCUACGUUUUAUGACUUGAAGAAGUUGAAUGCCGCUUACUGCCAGGAUACCAUCGAAACAGACUGUUCAAGUGUGAAUCCAUGCCUGAACGAAGGAUAUCAACAAGGGGAUUGUACCUGCGCUUGUAAGCCGGGGUAUACAGGUUCCAAAUGCGGAGAUGAGAUCCCAAAUUUUGAGUCACGUUGCAUACAGAGGUUUACAAUAGAUGACGGGAUGAUGGGUUCUAUCUCCUCACCGAAUUUCCCCGCCAAGUACGACCCUAAUGUGAUAUGCCAAUACAUUAUUACGGGGCCAGUUGGAUCGACGAUGAGCGUAAGUUUUACUGAUUUCAGACUGCAUUCGCCGGGAACAGCUUGUGACACAGAUUACCUUCAAAUCUUCUUGGCCAAUACUACCUAUGUGGCUGAUUUCACAUUUUGCGGCACAAAUAUCCCAGAGGCUAUCGCCAGCCCUAGCAACGAGAUCCGGUUCGUCUUUUCUUCAGAUUCUGCGACAGAGGACAAGGGAUUCUCUCUGAUGUACGCCUUCAACACCAGUGGGGUACCCCGCGAGGAGGUUUGCAACGCGACAUUGACCGAGUCUAGCGGUGAGCUAAGCUACUCCGCCAGCGGAUCUACCACCAGUGCAUAUUGCACGUAUGACAUCAUCGCACCUGAAAGUCAACGGAUCGCCCUGACCGUGGAUUCAAUCAAGGUCCAGAACUCGUUCUGCUGCGUCAACAGAAUGGAGAUCCACUUGGGAGAUGGUAACGGGAACCCAAUCAAAGUUUGCGACGAAACCGUCAUUUCAAAAGAAAUCAUCUCUGUGGAUAAUAAGAUGCAAAUCGUGUUUGCCUUGGAGAAUUCUUCAAGCUCUGCCAGUUUCAGUGUGUCCUACCGCGCGGUAGAAAUUACCGCUGGUCCAUCGGACCCUGGUGUAAAUUUCGACUGCGAACGAACAGUGGAGGAGGAUCGAGGUUACAUUCAAUCGCCGCGUUACCCCAUGACGUAUCCAAAGAUGACGUGCUGUGAGUAUGAGAUCAUCGCUUCGCCAGGCCUGCACGUCGAGCUUACAUUCCAGAAAAGAUUUCUGAUUGAAGAAGAAGACACCUUAACCAUAGCUUUUGGCGGAUCGAUGUUAGUCAGAAUCGUUCUAACUGGCAACGCUGCUCCGAAGGGAUCUUACAUCUCACUCUCCGAUCGGAUGAGAAUUAAUUUCGAAUCACACAAUAGCUGGUUUUACGGCAUUGGAUUCCGAGCGUUCUUCAAGAGUGUUUCCGUCGAUAUCCCAGCUGCACCAUCACCAGCUACUACGAUUAUGUCAAUUUCGUCGCCUAGUACCGGCCCGACCGGACCGACCGGCCCGACCGGACCGACCGGACUGACCGGCCCGACCGGACCGACCGGCCAAGUCCAAGCAUAAAAUAACCCAAAAUAAAUUGCAACAAAAACGAUUUUUUUUCCAGCAUUUAUCUUUUAACGGUAUCAAAAUAACACACAUCAAAAGUAUUUAGGAAAAUCGAAGCUUUGGAACAAUGUCUGAUUGGCAUGAAUAAAAAAAUGGCCGCUCGGUUUGGCAUUAUUUUGACUGUAUUUCAUUCUCAGACCCCUAUAAACAUAAUUUCAGCGUAUAUAGUAUAUAUACCAGUGUUUUCAGGGUUGAAUAAUAUAAUUAUUGACAGUAUAAGCUGUGGAACCAUGUCUAAUUUGCAUAAAUUAAAAAUGGCCGCGGUUUGACUUGAUUUCAUCAUCUGUGUCUCCUGUCUACAUGAUUGUUGCGUGUUUAACUUAUAGUUUUUAGGGUUGAAUAAUAUAAUUAUUGACAAUAUUUGAUCCCACAAUUACAUAUCGAAAGUACCGGAAAACUACGCUGUUGAACAAUGUCUAAUUUGCAUAAAUUCAAAAUGGCCACCGUUUGAUACUACAUUUGUUUUUGGUUUUCUUUUUUACUGUAUUUCAUCAUUUGAGACUCCCACAAAAUUGAUGUAUAUGAACAUACAUUUUCUGCAUCUAUACCUAAAUUUUCAGGGUUGAGGAAGAUAAUUAAGAACAGCAUUUUAUCCCUUAAUUUCAUAUCGCAAGUAUAUAGGAAAAAUUGAAGCUGUGGAACAAUUUCUAAUUUGUUUGAAUUGAAAAGGCCACCGUAUAUGGUAUCAACCUGUAUUAAUCAUCUGGGAUCCCUAAAGACAUAAUUUUAGCAGGUAUACCUAUAUUUUCAGAGUUGAAGGAUGUAAUUAGUGACAGCUUUUGGCUCCAACAGUUAUCGAUAAUAUAGAUUAAUCGAAACUGUGGUACACUAUAUGUCUUAAGUAUUUGCAUUAAUUUUUUUCAAAAUGGCCAUAAUUUUGCAUGGUUUUGAAUUUAUUUCAUCAUCUGAGACUCCUACCAACAUAAUUUCAGAAGGUAUACCUAUAUAUUCAGGGUUGAAGAAUAUAAUUAUUUACAUGAUUUUGAUUAUAUACAA